UUCCCACGAUUUUUCCUAGCAAAAUUCUCAAACUCAAAUCUCUCCCUCCCCUCUCUCUCAUACACACUCUCUCUCCCUGCGACGGGAAAAACUCCGCACCAAACCCUCGACUCCUCAGGACGGCAACAAAGACCCGUCCGAUCGACCCGCGGCCUCUCCUCUCUCUCCUUGCCGGAGCUUCUAGGGUUCCAGGGCAUUCUUCGUCAAAAUCUGCCCUCUAAACCGGCAGAUAUUGCAAAAUGCGAGCACUCUCCAAAAUCCUACACCAUUCUUCAGCACCCUCUUGAAUUCUAGGCCAAACGCUAUGCAAUAACAUUGUAAUCGAUCAUCGGUGUAUAUGGAGUGGAGAAGACAAGGAAACGCGUACGGUGCCAACACCAGGAGUCAUAAAGAUGAGGCAUUGAAGCGCUUAGCUUCAAUUGAUCUAAUUGAACUGUGCAAUGAAGCAAAAGUCGAGCAUUGCCGGGCUACUCGAGACUUGCGGAGCUGCGGACGUUUUGUGCAACAUGUUCUAAACUCAUGUGGACAUGCCUCUUUAUGUGUGGAGUGUAGUCAACGCUGUGAUCUAUGCCCAAUUUGUAGGAUUCCUAUACCAAAGAAUGGCAGCAGACUCCGGCUUCGCCUCUACAAUGAAUGCAUAGAGGCUGGUCUUAUGUCUAAAAGAUAUGAUGACAGAUUCCAAGAAAAAGAAGAUGAUGGGAAGCAAUUAAUGGCUGAUGUUCAACGCCUUUAUUCUCUGUUUGAUGUUGCCAUAGAAAACAACAUGGUUUCCUUGGUUUGCCACUAUGUAACAGAUGUUUGUAUGGAUGAAAGUGCUGUGUCAAGCGAUCCUGUUCUUGCUUUUCUUUUAGAUGAAGUGGUCGUGAAGGACUGGUGCAAGCAGACUUUCAGAAAUAUCAUAGCAGAUCUUUGUGGAAUUUAUACUCUUGGAGUAGAAGAAAUGAAAAUGAAGCUAGGUUUGCUUCAUAAGUUUGUGAUGCAACUUACUAGCAUUUCCUCUGUUAUUGAGGUUCUGGAAUCAGCAUUUAAGGGAACUCUCUCUCCACAGCUUCAGGACUUGCAUCACCUUUCAGAGAACAUAUUAAAGGCUAAGCAGCAUUUGGAGGUCAUGAUUUGGUGCAUAAGGCAUCAAUUCCUUGAGAAUGUCCAGUCACGUCAUCGUAACUUCACUUCGUGGCGUUCUCUUGUCCGUGAGAGGAAGUCAGCUACAGCUAAGAGAUCAUGGCCUGACUUUACAACCAACUCUGCAGAAUCUGCCGGACAAGAUGGGUCCACCCUCUUCAUCGAAGAUGCAUUGUCAAAUCUUGGAAUAGAACAGGAGGAUGGAAAGGGAGUGGGAGAGGAACUGGAAGUCACAUGCUUGCAGAAAGGUGGAGCCUAUCCAACAUUAUUCAGGUCCAAAAUUGAGGGGUCACAAGGAUGCUAUCCAUUUGAGAAUUUGCGAGCUGCUAUUGAUAUACUCUUUUUACAUGGAAGCUCUGAUCUUGUAAUUGCAAAACGAGCAAUUUUCUUGUACUACUUAUUCGAUCGGCAUUGGACAAUGCCCGAUAAGCAAUGGAGACAUUUAAUAGAUGAUUUUGCUUCUGCAUUUGGUAUAACAAGACACUCUCUGCUGGAAUCUUUUACUUUCUAUCUUUUGGAUGAUGAGACCGAGCAAGCUCUACAGGAAGCUUGCCGUCUUCUUCCUGAAAUUGCUUGUCCAGCAACACAUCCAAAGAUUGCUCAAAUCUUAUUAGAAAGGCAAAAACCUGAUGCAGCACUGAUGAUUUUACGGUGCUCUGGACGCGAUGGCUUGUGUGCUUAUGCAAAUUCAGAGAACGGGGGAGCAGAACUAGUCUCACUCAGUGAGGCUGUGACAGCUGUUCGGGUCAGAGUCGAGUGUGGACUCUUGACAGAAGCUUUUAUGUACCAGAGGAUACACUGCUCGAAAGUAAAGGAAGAGAAAUGGAAGCACAAAUCUUCCUGGGCCUUUUCGAACAGCUUGAAGAUAGGAUCUGAUGCUUGGAUGGACCAGAUGGAGGUUUUAGUGACCGAAAUUUGUUAUCUCUGUAUUCGGAGAAAUUUAGUGGAUAGAAUGAUCGAGUUGCCAUGGAAUUCCGAUGAAGAAAAAUACCUCCAUAAAUGUCUCUUUGACACUGCUUGUGAAGAUCCUUCAACAACUUCUGGGAGUCUUCUUGUUGUUUUCUAUCUUCAGCGCUAUCGAUACAUCGAAGCAUAUCAAGUUCAUCGUAAGCUUCAGAGCUUGGAGCAGGACUUCGCUUCAAAGACUACAAGUGAGGAAGUUGCGUCCAUGAUAAGAUCAACUAGUCAGUGGAGGGCAGGAUUGGUUGAUAAAGGCAUCGAGUUGCUGCCUGAGGUACUACAGCAACAAGUGAAGACUGGGAGCUUAUCCGACUUUGGCCAUCUUUCUGCUAAGGAACUUGAAUUGCCUGCAAAAGCUGAUUUUUCUGGCAUUCAGCAGCAGCAGCUGCGGCAACCAAGUGCCACUAGCUUGCCAUCUGCCUCUUUAAAUUCUUCCCUUGUUCUUGGAGCAGAUCUUACUCCUUUUCCAUCUAAGAAAACUUCGUCUCCUGAUACCAAUGCCAGACUACGUGGACCAGUCAGUAUAUCCCGUUUUGAACUUGGUAACUACAGGGCGCCGUCCAUUCUCCAUGGGAGGUUACUCACCUCUCUUGGAGGUCCAUCCACUCCCAACAGGAUGGACUCACCUGGUGUUGAUAGAUUUGCUUAUAAUGUCCAACAGAGGGACAAGUCAACCUCAAAUCACAAUUUUGUGAGAGAUCCGAAGCAUCAAGUGGGCAUCAGGCAGGACUUUCAAUCCGAUGAUGACCCAGUUAUUUCUGGAAGCAUUCUUUUUGGUUCUCAGACUACUCCCCUGAAAGAGCUGAAUCGAAAUGCAUCAAGGGCACUUGUCAAUAAUCGACUGGAUGAGGCUGACAAAGUUUCAUCUGGGAUGGAACCAAACGGGUCCCCUAACCAAGUUGAAAAUGCUCAGCCUACCCCUUACAUACGCCAGCCCACUGCUGACGAUCACGAUGACCUGGCAAGUACACCAGGCAGCAGUCGUUUUUCGAAGCAUUUCACUCGUGAUCCUAACCCUACACUGUUUGAGAAACGGGUUCCAUUGGCCAAGCCCUGGACUGCAGGAUCAUCAGAAGAGCCAAUGGAUUACACUUGGAGUGGCGUAAUUGGCAAGAGAGAUUCUCCUGUUGAGGAAAUGAACAUGAAUGGUGGGCUGAGAUGGAGGUCUGACGGAACCAGUGAGGACGAAGAGGAUUCAUACCCUGAAGGAAUGAUCAGUGGAGCUCCUGUUGCAACUCCUGCAAGGGUAGCGAGAAGAAGCAGGUUCCGCAGAAGAUGAAAGGGGAGAGCAGAAAGAGCUAAAAGAUGAAGUGUUAUCAGGUGUGAGUUUCUGUCAUGAAAGCCCACAAGGUUAUGUUGGAUGUUGAGGAAAGGGCUUGGACACAUGGAGGCUAAUGGCAUUGACGAGCAUAACUCUCCUUAUUUAUCAGGGGAUUUUGAUGCUGAACGAAAUUCCUAAUAAAUUUUGAUCGAGGAAAACAGUAACUGAUCCCCUUUUCUGCGGGCAUACAGGUGAGCUGUGCAAUGGGUACCUUUUCUUUACUUAUUUCAUUCCCCCCUUGUUGCUAUGCAUUAGAGGAUGGAUUGCCCUAUUGUUUUUGGGCAGGUCGUGUAUCUCUUAUCAGAUGUGUGGUCCAUCUGUCCUUCUGGUUUUGAAAUUUUAACCAAAUUGAAAACAAUGUUUUGCUCGGUUUUAGGGAGAAAUGAUAUUGGUUGUUGGGUGACGAAAUGCAUUACAUAUUUUAAGCAGAAAGAGAAAUUAUUAUGGAUUUAUCAUGUAA